AUGGCAACACAACCGAUGGGAGCAACUGAUCAACCACGAGCUCAGUGGUAUUGGAAAUCGAAUUCAAAUCCGUCGUCAACAAAUGAAAAAGAUGAAUGGACGAAAUACUCUGAUAUCGAAUCCGCGAUUAUCGAAGAAGCAUUUAAUGGUAACAAUCAAACAAAACUAGCUGAACUGGAUAAUUAUUUGAUUAGCUUAAACGAUUCCAUUCAAAUUAGUAAAUCCGCUCCAAAUAAAAAACGGCAAAUAAAGCGAGUUCUAAUCAACAGAAAUGAAAUCCAAGAUGCAUUAUCGGCCAUUCAUUUCCUGGUGCCCUCUACGUCGUCAGAUGAGAGUAGCUGUGACCAUAGUGAAAUAGCAUCCGGUGCCAUGGAACAUCUAGGAGAUAGAUGA